AUGCCCCCAACGCUUUUCCUCCAAGACAGACUCCUCUACCUUCUCGACCAACCCAGGUGGGCUAUUCCAACCAACAUGAUCGACCUGUCCAACCCAUUCCACAAAUACAGCCUGGCCAGCCGUUCCCCCCUGUCCAGUCCGUUCAACCGCUGCCACAGUUUCAGCCGUUUCACCCAAUCCUAUCAGGCCAAUCUACUCGAUCAAGCCAACAUAGCCAGCUGCUCCAUCCCCCUCCAUACCUUCGACCUGCCCCACCCAUUCCAUAUUAUCCAUAUCAACCUGUUGCUGCACCUGCUAUGCCCUGCGUCGCUCCGGUAUCUUCCUACCAAGCAUAUCCGGCAUACCCAUACCAGCAAUCCCCGUGCCCUGCGAAUGGUACAGGGGGAGGUCAUAUACCGGAAACAGUAA